ACAAAUCUUUUUCUUAUCCAUGGUGAAUAAACGAGGCGAUUGCAUCACGAGGACGAGGUUUGCUAGCAUUAUCCCAAAUUAAAAAUGACGGCCAAACCUGUCACUGCCACGUGUCACCCUGAUCUCCUUUUGGCUUCGUUUGGAGCUCACCGGUCGCGUCUUUAUCCUCUCAUCAUCUUCCUCGAAACGUACAACACACAAAAAUUGUCUAUAAAGAUUGCAAAUUUCAAUCAUUAAAUAUCUGAUUCAAAACGCAUUUGGUAGGCUGAGAAAGAAUUAGGAUCACAAAGGAUGGAUCACGCCGCAGAUGCUCACCGUACGGAUUUGAUGACCAUUACAAGAUUCGUGUUGAAUGAACAAUCAAAGUAUCCAGAAUCUCGUGGUGAUUUCACCAUUUUGCUUAGUCACAUCGUUUUGGGUUGCAAAUUCGUUUGCAGUGCUGUUAAUAAGGCUGGUUUGGCUAAGUUAAUUGGUCUUGCAGGAGAAACAAACAUUCAGGGUGAAGAGCAGAAGAAACUUGAUGUGCUCUCUAAUGAUGUUUUUGUCAAAGCUCUGGUUAGCAGUGGAAGAACUUCUGUUCUUGUCUCGGAGGAAGAUGAGGAAGCUACGUUUGUUGAGCCAUCCAAGCGUGGAAAGUACUGUGUUGUUUUCGAUCCACUUGAUGGAUCUUCAAACAUUGACUGUGGUGUUUCCAUUGGAACAAUUUUUGGGAUUUACACGUUGGACCACACUGAUGAGCCAACCACUGAAGAUGUUCUGAAACCUGGGAAUGAAAUGGUGGCGGCGGGUUAUUGUAUGUAUGGAAGCUCCUGCAUGCUUGUGUUGAGCACUGGAACGGGUGUCCACGGGUUUACUCUCGACCCAUCUCUAGGAGAGUUCAUUCUAACUCACCCGGACAUUAAGAUUCCAAAUAAGGGAAACAUUUAUUCAGUGAAUGAAGGCAAUGCGCAGAACUGGGAUGGUCCAACUACAAAGUAUGUAGAGAAAUGCAAGUUUCCUAAAGAUGGUUCUCCUGCAAAGUCUCUGAGAUACGUUGGAAGUAUGGUAGCCGAUGUUCAUCGCACACUACUUUAUGGAGGAAUCUUCUUGUACCCAGCUGACAAGAAAAGCCCCAAUGGGAAACUGCGUGUGUUGUAUGAAGUUUUCCCGAUGUCGUUCUUGAUGGAACAAGCCGGAGGUCAGGCCUUUACGGGAAAGAAAAGGGCACUAGACCUUGUCCCGGAGAAGAUCCAUGAGCGUUCUCCGAUAUUUCUUGGUAGCUACGACGAUGUAGAGGAGAUUAAGGCUCUGUAUGCUGAGGAGGAAAAGAAGAACUAAGCUUCUCAUUCUUCUUUUUUUCUCUUACUGUCUCUGUCUCUCUUAUUCCUAUAUACAGUAUCUUCUUCUGAUGAGACGAACAUAACUCAUUUACAAAAGGAAGACCUUUCUUUACCUUAAAUGCACAUAAAAAUCUUCCUUCUUUCAUAUC